CACAAGAGAGUUGCAUCGCGCAGGAAGUCGAGGAGCACGAGAGAUCGAUCCGACACUAAUCUCGCUUUCUGUCGACAAAGUUAGCUUUGGGGCUGGGAGCGCGUAAGCAUGACGUUAAGUCACCGACGGCUGCCAACUUAAGUGGCAACAGUUAGUGGAACGAAGAGAAACAAUAAGAGAGGCACCGGCAGCAGCGCCACGAUGACGUGGUGCGCCGGCGGGAGGGCCACGGGACGAGGAACUCCUAAAUAAUUCCGAGUGCACCACCGGCGACGACCGGCUCGAGGCCACCACCGCGCAACGCUUGGACGGGAGCCAAUGUCGUGAAGAGAGGCUGGGGAUUCCGACGCUGUUGCUCACCGGCUGGCAAAGCAGGCGUAACGGGUGGGAUCCCGGAGCUGGAGAGGAGACGGACGGGGAGUCCCGUCGGGAGUAGCUGGCUCUGACAGGAGCCUCACAUGGGGGGACGGGACGGGAGGAGCAGAGAGAAGGGGAACGACAGAAAGGGAGUGAAAGCAGCGGCGAACGGGAGGGAGGAGGGAACGGAAAACUCUAGCGAUGGCGGAAGGCGGAGGGCAGCAAGCGGACAGUGAUGCGGUGUUACUCGACUUUUUAUCCUCUCUUCUGGAUUACACUCCCACUGUAAUACUCUCGGCAUUCGCUUCAUGGAGAUGUGCCUUGUGCAUGUUUUGGUGCUCAAUUGCCUUUUCUUUCAUUCUGUUUACCCGUCCCUGGCUGCUUGAUUGAAGACGGCAGGCGCGAGUGGUUUGAAUGUCGGUCUCAUCUGUCUUACCUCUUUAGGCUUGUCUGUCCAUUUACAAAUUGCUCAAGUCCAGUCGAUAUGUCUCGUGUGGCGAUGAAUUCCUUUUGAUGAUGCAUUCGUACGCGUAUAGAUGUCAAUUACAGGCAGAGUUUCUUCUAUGAGCUAAGCCGUCUGAAGAGCUUGCGGCCUGCAGCAAUUCUGUUGUUGUUGUCGUUGAUUUUAUUAGUCACUGUACGAACGAAUGAAAUCCUCGAUUUUAUGUGCAUUUGAACCAGCUUAUGCUUCUGGAGAGUUUCUUGAUACCUGACGAGCUUGCCGAGCACUACCUCAGCCGAAGUGGUUUUCAGUGUCCUGAUAUCAGAGUGACACGGCUUGUCUCUGUCGCUGCUCAGAAGUUUAUUAGCGAGAUUGCUAGCGAUGCUCUUCAGUUUUGCAAGAUUAGGCAGGCGAAUGUCAAGGCAGGUGAUAAAUCACGCGGUCAUCAGGGCAAGGACAAGCGCCUGAUAUUGACAACAGAGGAUCUGUCGGCAGCACUGAAGGAGUACGGAGUGAACGUGAAGAAGCAGGAGUAUUUUGCGGAUUCGCCUGCAGCGGGCACGGUGACUGUUGCUGUGAAGGAGAAGCAACCGGAGGAAUAAGUCACAACGCUCCACAAUUUUGGACCAAGGCUACCUUCUUGUAGAAAUUCAUUAUCAGUCCAUGAUAAACUGGAUUUUGCCGAAUUCACGAGCCUGCAGUAUUCGGCAAUUUACUGGGCCUAGAUGGUCCUUAGUGAGCUUAACACAAGUAGACAGGAAUUUGUCUGGCAUCAUGCCAGGUCUUUGAACGAGGAUCUGGUUUCCAGCCAGGAGAGAUGUAGCUGUGACAUUUUGUAUAUGCGAGGUAUAGGUGUAGAUGUACCUUAGUUCCAAUGAUAUAUUUAUCAAGCGCCUACUGUAUUCUUUGAGCGCAGAAUGUGUAGUCGUCCUCUUUCUCUGGAUGUUAAUACGAUAGUGAGAGUUAGGGCUGUUUCAGCCGGCCAUUCCAGGCUUUCAGGCGUACACAAUGUGCCUAACAGUCGUCAUCAUCUUAGUGAAAAGUGUUGCCGAUUUGGGAAUGACAACAAGUUCACACAUACGAGCUUUUCUAGCGAGUUCUUUGUAUUCUC